CCAGUCGUCGCCGUAAAAUUCGAUCGACACAGUGUCUUGCAUUACGAGAGCAGAAAAUAUUUAAUUUAGCCAUGAAAACAUAAUUUUUUGGCUUUAUUUAUUAUAUUUAAAAAAUAUAAGAUUAAGGGAAUAUUUUUAAAUAAAAAUAUUUGCAAACAUACAAGGGUUUUCGUGGAAAACCAAUGUUUUUAGUUCUCAAAACGGACGACGCUACGACAAAGAAUAAGGCGAAUAAAAGAGAAGCAGUGUUUUUUUUAUUAUUUACUUUUCCUCUAAAUUCGUUGCUGCUGGUACAAUUUUUCUUUGGAUGAUAACAAUUAUUCCAGCAUACCGGGUAAAAUUUUAGUUUUAGAAGACAAUAACCAUAAAGUAAUGGCGUGUAAAUUGAAUUAAAUCUUGUAAACAUGUAAUAAUGCUUAUAUUCGGUGAAAAUUGUGUGUUUUAAUGUGUAAUAUUGCAGUGAACGCAACUAAAUAACAAUAAACGAAAAUGUCUAGUUCGGUGUUCAUUGAGAGCAGUUCACAGGCUGCGGAUGCCAAUGAUUAUGCUAGUACCUCAGAUUCAAAUUUGGUGGUGGUAUAUGGUAAGAAUGGCGUAAGUUUCGAUGACAAGGGCUUGGAAAAUCUUAUUGAGGAGAAGAAAAUUUCCUCAAUUAGUGUUAUACGCUUGACUUCACCUACGCCCAGCAUGCAAGAUGAGGAGGAUGAAGCUGAAAAAUUAGAGGAAAUGCUUAGAAGGCAAGAACUCGGUUCGGCUGAGGAGAGUUUCGGUUCUGAAGAUGAGGCUAACAGUUCUUCAAGCGACGAUAAAAAUGAUGCGGAGGGAAAUGGUGGUGAUUCCUCGAAUGAUGAUGACAAUGGGGAGCGUAAAGCCUAUAAUGAAUCCGAUAAUGAAUCGAGUGAGGAAAGUAAAACUAAGCAAAGAAAACAACCACGUCGCCGUGGUCGUCAGCCAAAUAUGGUAAAACAGAAGAAAACUGCACGUAGACGUAAACGGGAACGUCCGGAAAUUGUAGGUUUACGUUUGGAAGAAUUUUAUCCUCCAGAGGAUGCCAAUGAAAUUAUCAAAGAAGCUUUAAAAAUGGCCGGCUUGCAAUCAGAUAAGAAAAGUAAAAGUGAUUAUGAUUUUCAACUUUUCGUCAUACAAAACGAUCAUUGUUAUACACCUUUUACAUCUCCUACACAAAUGAAAGCAAAAUUAGCUGCCGAUAAACUGGAAGCAGAGAAGCAAGCAGCUAGUCGCAAGGUUGGUGUUUUGCAGCCAAAUGCUGGCAAACAAUUAUUUAUGCGAAAAAAACAACCUCAACAAAAUGUUCAUACGAAAAUGGAAAAUUUAUUAAAAUCAAAUAUUGCCUCUGGCAAUUUAUCAAAAGAUAAAGGCAUGGCUGCAAGCCAUAAAUUAAAAAAAGAUACCAAGGAUAGACAGAAACCAACAGCAGACGAAGAUUUUGCUGAUGAUGAUGAGGCUAAUCGUUCCUCAUUUGAUGAAAAUAGUGCUGAAGCCGGUGGUGGGGAUGAUGAAAGUGAUGUUAGUGGCUCGGAAGAAUCAGCUGAAACUGAUAAUGAUCGUGAUAGCGAUUUAGAUUUUGAUGUCAAUAAUCCUAAAGGACGCAAACGUAAAGUAAAACUUUUAAAAACUCAAAAACGUUCAUUGAGUGUUGGUAAAGUAAAUCAAAAAUCAAGGCGCUAUUGUAGUCAAGAUGAGCCUGUAGAAUUACCCAAUAAAACAACUAUUACAUCUGCUCUACCCACAUGUAGUCCUUCGACCUUAGCACAGCGUCAAAAAUCAAUAGUUAAAAUUAUAUCUGAUCCAGGUCGCAUUACUGUUCGUUCUACACCCUCAAAGGUUGUACACUUAAUGGGAUCUAAUACCCAUAAUACGUUGUCUCCUGCUAUUGCAGCGUUGCCUCCAAUUCCCAAAAAGCAAAAUGAAAAUAAAAUUCUAUUGAAUACCCCAACUAGUACAACAACUCCAGUGACUUUUUCGUCUGUUUCUGCUACUGCAACUUCAGUUAAUCUGGCGCCGAAAACGUUUGUUUUUGUUAAAGGUCCAAUAGAACAAAAAAGUGCUGUUCAAUCAUCGCCCCAAACUCAUAAGGAAAUCGUCAUAAAUAAGCAGGUUAUGUCGAGCCCCAAGACUAAAGGAUUUACAGAUCUAACAACUUUAAUAGAACAAACAGAAAAGCAAACACCAAUAAAAGUAGUAGCUCCACCCACAACACCCAAAUCAUCUCAUACUGCUACAAUAAGUUCUGUUGUCACAUUGACACCAACAUCUACGGCGGCUUUAAAAGGAUUUAUGCCCAUUGAAACGGCUGCAAAAAGUCAACUACCAGCACAGAUAUCUAUACAAACACAUCAAAGUUCAUCCGAAUUGGAAGCAGAGCAUGACAAACAGUUAGAUCUAAUCAAUUCAAUUGUACAGGAUGAAAUGAAAAAAUCAAAUGAAAAAGCCGACGAACAAAUAAGAAAUAUCAAUGAAAAUAUACCAGAAUUGGUAAAAAUGCUAGAGAGUACAGAGAAGGUAUUAGUAAACACUAAUACACAGGAACGCAAUGUAACGGAAAUCAGCAAUGUAAAUCAGCUGACCGGUGUUAAUACCAAUAACAGCAGUAGUAGUAGUAGUAGUGAUAUGAAUAAAAAUAUAACGGGCCAACAAAGUGUACAACAUUUACCAGCUCCAGCAAGUGUGACACCAGUUGUAUCAACAAAUAAUCUUGUUGGAGGUAUAGAUAUAACAAGCGCUUCUCUGUUGGCCACACCAGAAGGUGAAGCUGAUGAUACAGACGAUUUACCCGAUGAUAUACUACAACAAAUGGUGGAACUUAUAAAGGACGAUAAAACUCUUCAAGAAGCAGUUGAAAAACAAGUUUUUGGUACGGGCGUUUGUAGUGAUCAAGGAAUGAAUAAUAAUUUAAUAGUAAAUCAAAAUCCGCCGCCAUUGGCACCGAUCUCACAGCAACCAGUAAACAUGCAGGAAAUUCCUCAAACUAAUCCCUCUAAGAGCAUUAUACAAAUGGCUAUCUCAAAUGUUCCAACGACAUUGCCAACACCAAUGUUAACAACAUCACAAACACCGGUUAUUACAACACGUACCACAAUAAUUACACCCACAACACCUACAACAUCAACUGGACAAAUAUCAAAAAUAUCACCUUUAAUACGAAAAGAACCUAUUCAAAUCGUAAGAGGUAAUGGUAGAGUAAUAACACUACCACCUAUUGAGGCUCCCACAACACGAGCCAAAAGAAGGGCACAAGCUCAACCCAAUACAUCGGGAACAACUGCUAAUACCAGUGUAGGAAAUACAUCCUUUGUUACGGCAGCUGUUUUAAAUGAAUCAUCGCUGGACAGUUCAAUGCAUUCGAAUUCUUCAAUGACUGCGACUAGUGGCAGCAGUGCUGCUACAGUACAAGAAAAGAAAGUAAUAGAUGCUAAUAAUCGGAGACGUGGAUCCAAAGAGACUAUUUUGGCAACGGGAGCUACCACUGCUGCUGGUGCGACAAAUCAAAAGGUUACAAAGACUCAAAAAGCUGCUGCCAAAAAGGGUGCAGCUAAAGCAAGUGCUGCAAAAGCUAAAGUUGAAACAGAGGCCACCGAUUCAGAGGAGGAUGAUGAUGAUGACCCAAAUAAACUUUGGUGCAUUUGUCGUCAACCGCACAACAAUCGUUUUAUGAUUUGUUGUGAUGUGUGUGAGGACUGGUUUCAUGGUACAUGUGUUAGCAUUACUAAAGCUAUGGGCUUAGAAAUGGAGCAGAAAGGUAUAGAUUGGACUUGUCCGAAAUGCUUAAAGAAACAAGAAGAAAAGAAACAACCGAAAAUUACUGAAAUGCUGAUUAAAAAAACUAAUGAACCUACAGCAACUCCAGUUGUAAUCUCUUCGACGCCUCCAACAUUAAUCACAACAGUUGUAGGUUCUGUUGCAAAUGUGUCUAAUACGACCACAACAAAUGUUUCCACCAGCAGUAUAGACAUUUUGAAUAUAACCACAAAAAAAGAUGCAAAUUCUCAAAAUUUAGAAACAAGUUCACACAUUAAGCUACAAAGUGGUCAAAUAAUAAAUUUAAAGGAUUAUAGCAUGACCACUAACAAGAGGGCUACCAUCAUACAAACCUCAACCUCAAGUACUACAGGUAAUUUGACUGCUGGCCAAAAGAAAUUAUAUGUGACUUCUGGUCAAGCCAACUUGAAAAUGGCUUCACAGCCAGGUAAUCCAAUUAGAACUAUAACAGUGGUGAAACAGUUAUCAACACCGCCACAAUUGCAGCAACAUCAUAAUAUAAAGAUUAUUAAAACUAUAACUCCAAAGGCUACAUCUGCUACUGGAACUAGUUUAAAUAUAAGCCCAACAGCUGCAACUGCUAAUCCUUCUAUGUCUUCGGUGUCGACAACAGUUACUUCUACGCCGACGUCAUCGAAAAUAUCCGAAAAUUCUACUUUGUGUAUUGUUUGCAAAAAGGUUGCACGUUCCAAUUCAAUCUACUGUAGUGAUGAUUGUAUACGAAAACAUGCUCAAAAUGCGCUUAACACUUUAAUGCAUAAAACACAAUCGGAUUCAAGUGCUACAAGUAGCCCGUUGAAUAAAAGUGUUGCUGAAGAUAAGACAAAACGAAAACCAAAAGGUUUAUUUGAGGAGUUACUUUCUGCUGCCGAUCGUAAACCUAAAGUUGAAAGGGUCAAUGUUUAUGAACGAAAAUCUGGACGUGUUAUUACUGGAAACAGUGCACCCACUGUGGUUAAUUUGAAAAAGUGGCUACAAGAUAAUCCAACUUUUGAAGUAAUACAACCAGGCAGUGCACAGGCUUUAGAAUUGGAAAAAAAACAAAAAUUGCGUAUUCAAUAUUCUUCUUCUCCUACUAUUCUAAAGACAGCAGCAUCCAGUCCACCUCCUUUAAAAAUGUUCUCUGCAGCUAGCAGCACUACACAAGGACAUUCUUCUCCCCAAAUACAGGUUAAGGCAAAUAAAACUAUUACUGAUUUCUUGAAAACUACAUCAUCUUCUUCGUCAACAAGCCCCCGGCCAAGCACGCCAAAACAGUUACAGAAAUACCCACAGCAGGUUGGUAUUAAACCUGAUAAGGUGGCUAAAACACCAGAUGAUGCAAAGACUGCCUCUAAAGAUAAAACGUCUGCUACAAAACGACAAACAAGUACAGAAAGUGCUGGUAAGAGUUCUGGUCAUGAUGGCGAACCAAUACGAGGUGUUGUACGUCGAACUCUAAAAGAACAACUUUUAUUGCGCAUUAAAGAAGAAACAAGUUCUUCCACAGACACGGAAGUAAAAGAUGACACUAAUAAAGUGAAUAAUGUACCUAAGUUAAGCGAAGAGGAAGUGGAAGAGUUUGCCAAGGCCACAGAACUUGAAAUGUAUCAUUACUUUAAUCGCGAUACGGGCAAUAAAUAUAAAUCUAAAUAUCGUUCAUUAGUUUUCAAUAUUAAGGAUCGCAAAAAUCAUACAUUAUUUGCCAAAAUUUGUGGAAAAUUAAUUGAACCGAAACAGUUGGUACGCAUGUCACCCGAAGAACUGGCAAGCCAGGAAUUGGCACAAUGGCGUGAGCAGGAAAAUAAGCAUCAAUUAGAAAUGAUUAAAAAGUCUGAACUUGAUUUAUUGGCGUGUGCUAAGAACUAUGUUCUUAAGACUCACAAAGGUGAGGAGGUAAUUGAGGGUAAAUCAUCAGAUUAUGCCAAUGUUGAUAUUACCAUACCGGUAGAAGAUGUUGUGUCAGCAUUGAAUAAGUCAGAGCUACCUGACGAUUCAAUUGCUGCUGUCUACCGAAAGGAAACACAUUGGCAAGAAGCGGAUUCCACGUUAUUGUCACACUCACAUUUACUGUCACCAUCGGUAACGCAUUCGUUACAUGAUGAAGACAAAACAAAAUCGUCAAGUUCUCACCUCAAAGAGAAGGAUAGAGAACGGGAAAAGGAAAAAGAUAGAGAAAGGGAAAAAGAACGAUCUAGAGGACGCGAAAGAGAACGUGAGAAACGUCAUAAAAGCAAAGAUCGACAUCAUGAUAAGUCACGUUCACGCAAACGUAGUCGCAGCCACUCGCGAAGUCGCAGUCGAGACAAAGGCGAAAAACGUCAUAAGAGUAGUCAUAAGGAAGAGAAACGUGAACGCGAAGAACGUGUUCGAGGCGACAAGGAACGUGUUAAAGAUCGUAUAGAACGUGAACAUCACAGCGAUGGUAAUGAGCGAAAACCCUCUUCAACUGAAACGAAAAAAUCCACAGCAACGCAGUCGAAGCAGUCUGGUAAAAAACACCAUGAACCACCAACAAAAACUGCGAAUAAUCCAUUAGAGACUUACAAUUUAAUUGAUCAGAUACUUGAAUCUACCAAAACUGUAGAAGAAGCUGCUAAUCUUGUUUUGGAUAGAGACAAAGAAAAAGAAAGUGACAGUUAUCGUAAAAACGUUGUUACACCACAGCCUGUUCAAGCUGCCACUUCUACCGUCUCAACCAGCAGUGGUAGUGCUGAUUCGGCCAUUGUGGUUGAUAUACCCUCGCAUUUAAGUUCAACAGAAAGUGAUCAGGAACCUUCAAGUACGGUUUCGAUACCAACACCGCCUCAUGAUCCCUAUUCACGCUUUAUUGCCUGCUCAAGUCCCUCUUCGUCCUUUUCUAGUGAUCUACAGUACACGGUCAUAUCAUUUUGGACUGGUAACAUAAACAUGGUCGAUGUUACCUCGUUUCAACUUACCCUUCAACCAAUUGUCGGCAAUUCAAUUGGUUUGGCAAAACUAUUGCCCAAAGAACUGGACGUAGUGGGACGUAUUGGUCCGGAGACCGUCUGGGAUUAUAUAUCGAAAAUUAAAAAGAGUCCCAAUAAGGAAAUAGUUGUUAUACGUUUAAUACCAGCCAAUGAAUCCGAAACCAUUGCCUAUAAAAUACUCUAUGAGUAUUUAGAUAAUCGUAAUCGUUUAGGUGUUAUUAAAAGUACAUCGUCUCACAUAAAAGAUUUCUAUAUUUAUCCCCUAGGAGCGGGUAAAAAUGUACCCGCGCUAUUGCAACCUAGUGAACCGGUUGACUUUUACGAUGAUCCCUAUAGGCCAGACGUGUUAAUUGGCAUUAUAAUUCGUGUGGUGGUUAGCAAACGUGCUAAUCCUAUAACAUCACAAACACUGCUAACUGGUGCAGGUACUUCUUCGAUGAUUAACAAACUUUCUAAUCGUGUUAAUGAUACGGAUACCUUUACACCGCCCGGUAGCCCGAAACAUAAAAAACACCGCCAAACAAUUGCUGCACACAAAGUCGAUGAAAUCGAUAUAGAUGCCAUAAUUAAGGCACCAAUAACAGCAAAAGCACAAAAAGCAGCAAUAGCAGCACCAUCAACAAAACUAAAUGAUGCCGAUGAACCAUAUUCACCUGGUGGAAGUUCUGAUGAUGACUUGCCAUUACUGCCUGUUAAAAUGUCCACAAAUGUGGAUCAUAUGCAAGCUGCUGAAGAUGAAUUAAAACGUAAAAUGGAAGAAAUUAAUAGACAGAUUGCUGCCCAAGAAAUGGAAAUUGCAGGUCUUUUGACUGGAGAGCCCACGGCUUUUGGUUCAGCUUCUGCUUCAUCUUCAAAUGUUCUUGCUAAUAUAUCUAUACCUUCAAACUUGUCUCAAAUCCUUGCUAGCAUUAAGACGACCGGAAAAGAUCAAUCGGUGGUUCCACCACCACCGCCGUUAAUUGGUUCACUAUUAAAAUCAUCGUCAUCAGCUACUGAUGAAGAAUAUAAUCCAGCAGAGAGUAUUGGAUCAACAUUUGAAGAUAAAAAUACAGCAACAGGAUCAAAUACAUCUUCAACUAGCCUUUUGGCAAAACUAAGUGAAGCAGAGCUUCUUAGUAUGGUACCAGAUGACAUUGUUAUAACACCUAAUAAACCAACACGUUAUGAAGAACCACCACCGCCAGGAGUUUAGUAUUAACGAAUCAUUUUAUAUUAGUUUAGCCAAACAAAUCACUGCACCAUACAAACAUCACAUACACAUAUAUUUUCCAUAUUACUAUCAUAUGAUUUUGAUUCCGUUUUUUUUCACUAGCAAUUUUAGUUUUAGGAAACGAUCACUCAAAGCUUUUUCAAUCUUUUUAUUUUACUGUUUGAAUAUUUUUAAAAUUUAUUCAGAGAUUUAAUAAAAAAUGGUUAAAAUUAUACUUAUUAUCUAAUAAGCCAAAGGCUUAAAAGUAAUCUAAUCUAUAGUUUAUUCGAAUCGGAUAUUUUGUUAUUUAAAUACUUAUUAUUAAUAAUAUUGAUAUUAAUAUGAAUUAAGGAUUUAUUGAAUUUAUAAAACUAUUUAGUUUUUUUUGCAACUUUUCUUUUACAAGCUUACACAUCUUGUUGUAUAUUUUUUCUUUCAUGUGAAUAAGAAUUUUGCAAUUAGUUUUUGGUUUUCUUCUGUUUAAAUAUCUAUUUAAUAAAAUUGUAAAAAUAACUAAAAAAAACUAAUAUUUAAUAAUAACAAAAUUUUAGUUUUAUGUGGAUAACAA